AUGGAGAAUCAUGCAACGCUGUUCCUUGGUUCAUGUAUGACGCCAUUCCCCUUCACUCUUUCUCCAAACAUGGAAAAUUCUCAUCUGAUGAAUAUUUUGUCCGAUAAGGAUGAACCCAACGGAGUACUGCUUGGGUCGAACCAGGAGAUCUGUUUCCCAAUAGCACAAGUAAAAGAAGUUUCACAAAACAAGAAAUUUAUACAGAUAGAUCAAAAUGAGGUGAAGAAAUCUGGAAAGAAAAAUGGUCAGAAUAGAAAGCCCAGAUUUGCGUUUCAAACAAGAAGUCGAGUAGAUAUACUUGAUGAUGGAUAUCGCUGGAGAAAAUAUGGUCAGAAAGUAGUCAAGAACAACAAAUUUCCAAGAAGCUAUUAUCGAUGUACUUAUGAGGAAUGCAAUGUUAAGAAGCAAGUACAACGACAAUCCAAAGACGAAGGCGUUGUUGUGACAACUUAUGAAGGAUUGCACACGCAUCCAGUACAGAAACUUAGUGACAAUUUCGAAGAAAUUCUUAAUCAGAUGCAAACUUAUCUUCCUAACUAA